CCGAUCAGUACCCAGGACAGUACCACUUGGAGGCAGCUUGUCACUGGCGUCGGAGUCGCUGCUAAACGGGAGGAGAGGUCACGGCAGCUUGUGUGUUAAUGCUCAGAGCAUAGAGGCAUCUGACUGGCUACUUGGGAGCUGCACAUUCUCUCUCUCUCUCUCACACACACACACACAUUCACUCACUCACACACUCAUCCAGUCACUGAGACUCAUCGAGAAGAUGAGCUGUCGCCAGUUUAGCUCCGGCUCAGAGAAUUGAAGUUUUUUUAAAAGAAGAACAUAUAUAUAUAUAUAUAUAAUCCUGUCAAUAUUUACACCUUCAUGUCGACGCGUAUCUACGGGAACAUACGGAUGCCAUGGUCACUUCUGUUACGAUUUUACAGGUGAACAAAGUAAUGUCUGUCCUCUUGUACGGCAUGCUUCUCACUUAUCUCGGUGGCAUCCAGGCUACAACCAUGGACAAGAGAGGUUCGUCCGAGGAAUCCGUGAGCUCGCUCAUCAUCAAAAUCCUCCAGGCGGACAUCCUGAAAGGUCGACUCUCCAAGCAGAGUGAAGAGCUGAAGGGGAAGUACCAGGAGAGCAAACAGAAGGGCGACACCCGGAGGGACACAGACUCCAUGGGGAAUACAAUAUCUGACUUCCAGCCAAUCGUCUCGGUCAAUGAUGAGUUACUAAGGCAGAAGAAACGCUACCAUUCGCCCAGAGUGCUGCUGAGCGAUCGGCCACCUUUGCAGCCGCCCCCUUUGUACUUAAUCGAGGAUUUUGCGGAGAGACUGGAGGUGGACAACAGAACCGCCAGGAGGAAGCGGUAUGCGGAGCGCAGGGGGGGACAUCGCGGUGAAUACUCUGUGUGUGACAGUGAGAGCCGCUGGGUGACGGACAAAACAGCGGCGAUCGACAUCCGAGGGAAGCAGGUGACCGUCCUGGGAGAGAUUAAAACCGGCAACUCUGCCAUCAAACAGUAUUUUUACGAGACGCGGUGCAGAGAGGCCAAACCGGUUAAGAAUGGCUGCAGGGGCAUCGAUGACAAACAUUGGAAUUCACAGUGUAAAACCAGCCAGACCUAUGUCAGGGCACUGAGCACAGAGAACAAUAAAUAUGUAGGCUGGAGGUGGAUCAGGAUAGACACCUCUUGCCUCUGUGCAUUAUCCAGAAAACUAGGCAAAUCGUGAUUCCUUACCCCAUCCCCUUUUCCUCUUUCUAUGUGAAUAUAUAAAUUAUUACUUUAAAUUAUAUGACUUUGCAUGUAGAAUAUGAAUGUUUAUAUUAUAGUAUAGUUCACAAUUUUUAUUUAUUAAACAAAACUGUCAACUCGCCAGAUUAAAAACAAAUGCUUCUUACAACUCGCCAAAACAAGAUAGCUAAGUUGUGCCUUGCUUCCAGCAUCAGUAAAAGUCCUUGGACCUGUGUUGUGCAUUAGUAACGGGUCCAAGUGUUUAACCUUCUCCCCUCCCCCGGUUAUCUUCUCGCAGCCACUUGUUGAAUUCAGUAUUGUUGUCAGUGAUUUAUAAAUGGGAUUUGGGAAGGCACGUGUAAAAUCCACAAGCGAUGGCUGCCAGUCAUGAAAGUGUAUGUCCAUCCUUAAAAGCAGGGUGAAUGAUAUUUGCAGUGAGACUGAGAGAAGGAAGCUGAGAUCAGAGGAAAUGCUGGUAACACCAUCUGUGCAGAUAAAGCUCUUCUAUACGUUUCACUCAGUCCCCAAGAGCUGUUCUUUCUGGGAAGAAGGUAUUUGCAGUAUUGGAGAAAAGGUUGCUGUGAGAGUUUUCUUUUUCCCUCGUCCUCUCCUACAGGUACGAUUCCUGUAAAAUUACUCAGCACAGCAACCCACUUCAAACUGAUUUUCUUUUUUUUAAAUACUGUUUGCUGUAUUCACCAAAUUAGACCCUCUUCUUUUUUAAGAAAUCCCUUUCAAAUUGUAAGACUCUAUGAACCGAAUUCUUUUUCUUUUAUCAAUUCCCCUCUACAACAAAUUCAGCCAGCUUGUGAUUGCCCUCUUUAAUAAUGCUACUCUGGUGUAAGAAACUGUUCUGUGGUGCUAUGAUUUGAAUGCUUUUUUUCCUUUGCAAAAAAAUUCAAUACUUGCCGAUGAAAUGUGAAGCUCAUGGUUGUGGAACACAGUAAAGAUUUCAUACUCUGUGACUUAGAACACUAAAAUGGUGAUUUCUUUCCCCCCCACUCACAUCUGAACAAUAAUAAACAGGUUUACAGUCCAUGUAAUUUAAACUUCUGCCAAGCAUUCAGUAUUUCAGUCUCUCACUCCAAAAUCUCUUGACAAAAUUGACUGUUCUUCAAACAAUAAUUAUAGCCCGGAGUCUUUUGAGGGAAAUGUUACUUUGGUAAACUCCUCCCACAAAAAAAAUGUGAUCAUAAGCUACUAUGGGAGGCGUAUGUAAUCACCCCUCACAUUAGGGCAGACUGACUGUCAUUGAUGAAAGUAAAAUGGUGUGUGUGAUUUUGGUUAAGAUAAUAGAAUGAUUUAUCUUUGAUCAUAGGAUAUCUCGUUCAAGCACAAACACAGAUACCAAUGAAAACCUACCUUAACAAAUAAAUGAAUUCUACCUGCCCACUACAGAAUGCUUCCUUGAUGGUUGACUGCCCAUCACUAGCUUUGCCAGGUGAAGCACUGAAAACACCACACUUAAAAUGUGGAAGAGUACAUCUGUUAGUUUAGCUAAUGUGGUUGAACAGUAUUCUUCUUCAACGCAUAAAUUGUCACUAGGCUAAUAACUGGAAUAAGCAGAUAGCUCUAUGUGGCUAGGCUAAACAGGCUAAGAGUUUAGAAGAGUCAGAGCUGAUUUAAUUGAAAGAAACAAGAUCCUGAGAGGUCUUGACCAGGAGAUUGUUGAAACGAUGUUUCAUCAUGGAAGAAUCUGGAACUAGGGGUCAUAAUUUAAAAAUAUGACACUUAAGAGAGCUGAGGGAAAUGGAAUUCUGAGAACUUUGGAAUUCCCUUCCUCAAAAGGUAGUGGAUACAGAAUUUAUAAAUAUUUUUAAUGGAGGAAUAGAUAGAUU